ACGGCACUGCACCUGCGCGCGCUUCAGGUAAAUGAGUGACACGCGCUGGACUUCACUGCAAACAAAGCGGACCGGAAGUGAUACAGAAACGACUCAGGAACGUGCGAAGCGUCCGCCACUUGCAGUUUAACGGCAGUCUACGUUUGAUAAAAUAUCCAACCGCGUUAAGCCUAAGAUGGACCGUUACAGGUAUUUCAUCUUCAAUCAGAAGAGUGUGGUGCUGUUGGGCAUCCUUCAGGUGGCGUGCGCUGGACUCUGCGUGGUCUGCGGAUUUAUAGAUGCAGUGUUCCGCAAGAGCACAACUCUGAGUGAAACUAGAGCACCACUAUGGGCUGGAUUGAUUAUGGCUGUCCCUGGAGUGCUUGCCCUUUUUGCAUCCCAAAAGAAAAAUCCUGUUUUGGUAAACGUCAUGAUUGUGUCGGCGGUGAUGUCUUUUGUUGUUGAUGUUAUUGUGUUCGUGUACGCUUGCGUCACACUCAGUUAUGGAGAGGAGGAUGAUGAGAUCUUCCAUGCCCAUCCUGUCCCUGAAGUGAGAUUUGCCCUCAGUCGGAUGGUUAAAGGCGCUAACAGCACCCUUCUUGUGGCCUGCACUGGAUCCAUGCUCUUUUCUUCUCUCAUUACAUUUGUUGGCUGCCGCAGUCUGCCGCUUUGCGGCUGCUAUGACUCUGUAAAUGGAAUGCAAUUUCUGGUUCCUCAGAAUGACCCUAGUGCUCCAACAGAACUUGUCUGCACUUGGCAAGGCGGAGAUGAGCGAAUCUUUAACUCUCCCGUGUCCUUCAUGGAUCACUGUCCUGAUCAGGAACAGCGAGAUAUCUCAACACUUCCACCUUAUAGCAGACUAGCAUAAGAAUUACUGUCUAUGAUUUCAAAUGUGAUUGUUUGUGGUUGUAAGCCGUCACUGCAGGACUUCUAUUUGCUUGCUGAAUAGUUAACUUUUUGGAUAAUGAAGGGAAGGUUGAAAAUCUAGAUUUUAAUUGCGCAUGUUUCCAUUUGACAGAUGUGUCUCUUUGUGUCUUAUUUAUUAUCAGUGCCAUAUCAAUUUUAUAUUAACUUUUAAAUACUAAAAAUUCAUACAUUUGCGCUAUACUUUAAAGAAAUUGCAGUCAUGAUAUACAGCAA